UGGGCGGGGCGCGGCGCGGUCCAAGAUGGCCGCGGUGUCGGUGUUCCCCGGCGUGCGGCUCCUCACGGUCGGGGACGCGAACGGGGAGAUCCAGCGGCACCAGGAGCAGCAGCCGCUGCGCCUCGAGGUCCGCACCGGCCCCGACAGCGCCGCCAUCGCCCUCUACGGCCAUGAGGACGUCUGCGUGUUCAAGUGCUCCGUGUCGCGCGAGACCGAGUGCAGCCGGGUGGGGAAGCAAUCCUUCAUCAUCACGCUGGGCUGCAACAGCGUGCUGCUGCAAUUCGGGACCCCCACCGAUUUCUGCUCCUUUUACAACAUCCUGAAGAACUGCCGCGGCCACAACACGGAGCGCUCGGUGUUCAGCGAGCGCACGGAGGAGUCCUCGGCCGUGCAGUACUUCCAGUUCUACGGGUACCUGUCCCAGCAGCAGAACAUGAUGCAGGACUACGUGCGCACGGGGACGUACCAGCGGGCGAUCCUGCAGAACCACAGCGACUUCAAGGACAAGAUCGUGCUGGACGUGGGCUGCGGCUCCGGGAUCCUCUCCUUCUUCGCCGCGCAGGCCGGGGCGCGCAAGAUCUACGCGGUGGAAGCCAGCACCAUGGCCCAGCACGCCGAGGUGCUGGUGAAGAGCAACAACCUGACGGAGCGGAUCGUGGUGAUCCCGGGCAAGGUGGAGGAGGUGUCGCUGCCCGAGCAGGUGGACAUCAUCAUCUCGGAGCCCAUGGGCUACAUGCUCUUCAACGAGCGCAUGCUCGAGAGCUACCUGCACGCCAAGAAGUACCUGAAGCCCAGUGGGAAUAUGUUCCCCACGAUCGGCGACGUGCACCUGGCGCCCUUCACGGACGAGCAGCUCUACAUGGAGCAGUUCACCAAGGCCAACUUCUGGUACCAGCCCUCCUUCCACGGCGUUGACCUCUCGGCGCUGCGCGGGGCCGCCGUGGACGAGUACUUCAGGCAGCCCGUGGUGGACACCUUCGACAUCCGGAUUUUAAUGGCCAAAUCCGUCAAAUACACCGUGAACUUCUUGGAAGCCAAGGAGGGCGACUUGCACAGGAUAGAAAUCCCCUUCAAAUUCCACAUGCUGCACUCGGGGCUGGUGCACGGCCUGGCCUUCUGGUUCGACGUGGCCUUCAUCGGCUCCAUAAUGACGGUGUGGCUCUCGACGGCCCCCACGGAGCCGCUGACCCACUGGUACCAGGUGCGGUGCCUGUUCCAGUCCCCGCUCUUCGCCAAGGCCGGGGACACGCUCUCAGGGACCUGUCUGCUCAUCGCCAACAAGAGACAGAGCUACGACAUCAGCAUCGUGGCCCAGGUGGACCAGACAGGCUCCAAGUCCUCCAACCUCCUGGACCUGAAAAACCCCUUCUUCAGGUACACGGGCACGACCCCCUCGCCCCCCCCCGGCUCCCACUACACGUCGCCGUCGGAGAACAUGUGGAACACGGGCAGCACCUACAACAUGAGCACGGGCAUGGCCGUGGCCGGGAUGCCGGCGGCUUACGACCUGAGCAGCGUCAUCGCCGGCGGCUCCAACGUGGGCCACAACAACCUGAUCCCGUUAGGUGAGCCCGGGGAGGGGGCUCAGAACGAGAGUGGGGGGGGGGGGGGGGUCUCACAACCCCCCACCCCCCCAGCCUCACCGUGCCCCCCCACCCCCCACCCCACAGCCAACACCGGCAUCGUCAACCACACCCACUCCAGGAUGGGCUCCAUCAUGAGCACGGGGAUUGUGCAAGGCUCGUCCAGCGGCCAGAGCGGCGCCGGCUCCAGCACCCACUACCCCCUGAACAGCCAGUUCACCAUGGGGGGCCCCCCCAUCUCCAUGGCCUCCCCCAUGUCCAUCACCACCAACACGAUGCACUACGGCAGCUAAAGGGCCCCCCCCGGCUCCCAAAAACCCAGGAAAAACCAAAAUCGGGGACCCCCCACCCCCCCCGCCCCGGGGGUCCCUCCCUCCCCCCUCGCUCCGUGCCGGACCCGGAGGGGAUUUUUGAUUUUUUUGGGAUUUU